AUGAUAGCCGAUAUAUUUCUGUUAAUAUUCUUAUCAUAUAUAAAAGUUAUACAAACCCAGAUGGAGGGUUUUGUGGUCGGAGGAGACUAUACAGACAUAACACAGUAUCCACAUUCUGUGUUCUUGGACAUAAACUGUGGUGAUACAUUCAUCUGUGGAGGAUCUCUUGUGACACACCGCCUAGUACUAACAGCAGCACAUUGUAUUUCAUCCUGUCAGAGCAGCCGAGGUGAUCACGUAACAAUUAAGUUUGGCCAUGAAAACGUAGAUAGAAUGAGCACUGUUCCUGUAAGGAAAUAUGUGAAGCAUAGAUACUUUGAUGAAGAUACUCUAGAAUUUGAUAUAGCUAUGGUGAUGUCGAGGAAUGCUAUGCCUCUUGGAAAAUACGUGCAGCGAGUGGCUUUAAUGGCAACGUAUCCAAAGCAACCGGCUGCUGGUUAUAUGGCUGGCUGGGGUGUUGUGAACUCCGAACAAGAAGAAUCAGUGGUAUUGAAGGCGACUGUUCAGAAAUUUCAGCCUUUCGAUGUGUGUAGUCUACUAGGUUCUCUGCCUGAAGGGACGUUCUGUGCAGGUCCUAUUACAGGCAAAGGAGCUCCAGAUCAGGGAGAUUCCGGAAGCGCAUUCGUUAUCCGAGGAUAUAUACAAAUUGGUAUCGUUUCUUACAAGAAUCCUAAAUACAGCCUCGUCGUGUAUACUAAUACGACAUACCAUUACGAUUGGAUUGUAAGAACGUCCCAAAGAUUGCACUGCACUUAA